GACUGUGGGAAGGUUUUACCAAUCUCUCUCUUCCUCUCCCUCUUACCCCCACCCCCCCUCCCCCCCCCUUCUCUGUCCUCAAAAUUCCACCAUUUCCCCUUCCUUGAAGAAAAGAGCAAGAACCCAUUUAAGAUCCUAUGAAAUUAACAUUACCAGCCACCAACAAAAUAGGCGACCGCUUUAUUUAUGAUUCACCAAAUCAAACUGAACCCAACAUUGCUCCUCUACAAAAACAUCAUCAAAACCCAUUUCCCCCCAUUCACAUUCUCUUUACUUCUUUAGCACAACUUGUACCCACUUCAGGAAAUAUGAAAUUUCUUUAUGGGGUUGCUGUUUCUCUCAUUUCUCUGCUCUUUUUAGCUAAUGUGGUCAGUUGUGGUGAAGCAAGCAUGGCUCAAGUAAAUGGGUCUGCUUCAGAGUUGUUGGUGCCAUUGAUGGAGGAGAAGAUGCUGGCUAUGGUGAAUGAGAGCAGAAGAAAGCUGGGGAGUUUCCACUUAUGUGCUGCUUGCACUUGCUGUGGUGGUGCCAGGGGCCUUUGCCUGCCAUCUCCCUGUUGCUAUGCCAUCAAUUGCAACAUUCCCAACAGGCCCUUUGGGUUCUGCUCUUUCACUCCCAAGACCUGUAAUUGCUUUGGAUGCCAUCUCUAGUUAAUCCUCUACAUUGAUAAUUGGUUUGUUAGGGGUAAUCUUGAUUCUGAUGGAAGUGGGAAAGGGAAGAUAAUAUCUGUUCUUGAUUUGUUUGUCUAUAUAAUCAUUAUAAUUUAUAUAUAAGUUAAAUUUACUAUUAGGUUGAAGAUUGCUAUUUCCAGGUUAGGUUUAGACUGUUUGCAGUAGGAUUUGUCUAUAAUUUUGGUUUUAGAAAGCAGCAUUGCCCGGAGAUAGCUAUUCUAUUUGCUAGGACCUAGAAGUACUGCAUAAAAAAUUAAGAUAGUUGAAGAAGCAUUUGCACCUUCUUGAUGAAGCUAUUGAUAUUCAUGAUAAAUUAUUUUUUAUUUUUAGAAUAUAGUAAUGUUAGUGUUCAGCAGGUUUCCUGUGUUGCUAAUAACAAAGAUUUAUGAUGUCUAUUAUUUAAUUGUAUCAGUGGUUAUAAUGCUGAUGGCAGCUGGAAACAUGUAGUAAGAGACAUUAUUAUUUUAAU